GCUCUUCCCUUCGGGAGAGCGCGGCCGGGAGCUCCUGUGGUAGACAUAGGAAAUAUGAAUGACUGGCAAAGGAAAAGCCCACUAGACUGGCAAGGCUACGUGGAUAAACAAGUGAAAGUCGCAGCAGCCGAGAAGCAUGAAUAUGAAGGUUGGGUCCUAACAGUGGACCCAGUUUCUGCUAAUAUUGUCCUGGCAAGUUUUCCUGAGAAUGAAAAGACAGUAAUUUCAGUUGUCUCAGGCCACGCUAUCCAGGAUGUCCAAAUCCUUAAAGAAGCAGAUGAGGAAAUGAAGCAACGACUUUCUCAGAUAUUUGCCCCAGAGGAGAGCAAAACUUAUAGCCCGGAGGAGCUGGAGAGGAGGAAGAGCGGCCUGAAGACGUGGCUGGAAGCCAACCACAUCCCCGUGACAGAGCAGGGCGCGUCGGGGGAGACGCUGUGCGUGGCGGGCGCGCUCACGGUCGAGCCACCCUACGGCCCCGAGGAGUGCAGCAGCUCCAACGAGAUCAUCCUCGCCCGGGUCCAGAGCUUGAUACAGGGUUAUUUCGAAAAGCAGCCGUGAUGUUCAGAGUGCUUGUAUAUAGGCGUUUAUGUUUAGUCCUCCUUUAGGAGCUAUGCUCACAACAUGCAAAACUGCAGUGUUUUGUUGUUGUUGACUGUUACAUACUGAGAAAAGGAUGAAUCUGGCAACAUCAACUAAAAGCAGRGGAGCAUUUUGCAUACGCUUCUUUUUAUUAUUAAAAGUGUUGAUAUCUAAACCUACAUCUAUGAGCAAAUAUUGUGGCGAUAUCUUCAGAGCUCAAAGAGAAAUUUAAGCUGUUUUCCUCUGUCCUUAAUUCUAUGCCAUUUUCUACUGGAGUAGGCACAUUUCAGUGAACUGUGUUCUUCACAGAAAGAGAAUAGCUGGAAUAAUAAUAAAAGACAA